AUAACCUCUUUGGUAUAGGAUCACUAUCUCUGUUUAUCUGCAUUUCCUGUAAACGAAGAUAGAGAAUGGAUCACGAGGACGAAUUUCUUAAUGUCUUUUUCACACAGGUCGCUCAAUUAUGUUCCGAGAAGGCUAAGGAAACAGUUGAAAAAGAAAGGGAAUCAUGUAAGCAGAUGCAAAUGGGCCCAUGGGGAAUGCUUCUGCUGCAUUUACCACAGAUAGCUAUAGCAGAACGUUCGUAUGCGGAUUUAGGUUUCCUUCACACUAAAAAUAAGGGCUUCCUUAGGAAGGAUAAUUCUUUAAAAACUGUAUAUGAAUCUUUAAAGUCUGAUUUGAAGAGAUUAGAGGAAAUGACAAGAGGAACAAACUCUAUUGGUGCGACAGUCGCAAAUGUUUCCAAUCAACUCUGCCAAUUCAUCAUGGCAAGAAUCCAGCUGAUAGAUUUUUAUGAGAAAAUGUACAAUGUAAGUGCAAACAGCAAAGUUAUGAAGCAUCAAGAAUUACUACAGUAUAUAGAAGAAAUAGUAGAAUGCCAUUUAUUAUCCUGUUCUCACUUAGCAUUAACUGCUAUUAAGACAAGUUUAACAUUGGAAUGUGAAAUAUUAGUACAAUUAAUGAAAGCACAAGUAGAAGUUCAAAAUUGGAGGUUUUUACCAACUCUGAUGGCUCUUUAUGGGGCACAAGCGCGAAUGUCAGCUUGGGAAAGAACUCUGCAAAGCAAGGAGUCCUGGAAAUUGGGCUUUGGUGCAACAUUUCUUAAGGCCAAUCAACAACCAGCAUUGUAUCAAUGGCUGAUGAAACUACGGAGUGCCAUAUUAGCUAAGUGCUCUUUGUAUUUUCACACUACUUUAAGUCAACAAGCUAGUCCAGGAGAAAUGAGAAGUAUCAUGAGCAAGCAGAAUGUGGACUAUUAUCAUAAGAUACAGAGUUUUCAACGAAAGCAUGAUAUACUAGCAGUAUUGAUAAUUUUCGAUUCCAGAGGAACUGAAAAUUCAGGUUCGGGAUAUAGACAUCCAGGAAGAGGAGCAGAUGUGUCUGCGAAUUUUCCUGUUGUUGUUUGUUGUCCUAAUACAUUCAUGCAGAAAUCAUUAGUACACUUGGACAAUAUUCAAACAAAGAUAAAGGAACGUCAAGCAGAACUUCUUGCUAUGGACAAAGUUAUAUAUCAUAAAUGCACAAAGGAUUUGUGCACUUAUGCUUUCCACAACACUGAUCCCAGAAUGACUCUUGUGAUUAUAUUUGAAAAUGGGAAACAGAAAGAUAAAGAAACUCAUAUUACAUCAUUCAUGAUGGAUCUCUCUAUGCAUAUCAGAUGUAAUAAGGUUUACGAAUGUCUGAAAUUAUCAAAGUUAGAAUUUCAUACCCAAUCCACCACCUGAUUCUACCUACAAAAUACAAAGCGCGAGCGUACAGCGUACAGACGUAAAUUAAUUCAACACAUAGUGUUUCAAAGUAAUAGCCAUUUGUGAAGA